GGGGAGGAUUACACAGUGCGGGACCAAGAUGGCGGCGCCCAGCGCUGCGGCCCCGGAGGGCGAGGAGGGGCCGGGGGGCAAACCGAAGUCCCCAGCCGUCACCCCCCAGAAGAUCCGGGAGCUGAUAGACGGGGGGAUCGCCCCGGAGGAGGCCGGCCCGGAGGGAAAGGACACAUCUGCCUUGUCAGAAUCAACUAAUGGAUCUUCACAAACAGAUGCUCUUCCUUUGGAGACAACUAGUAAAGAAGCCUUCUUCAGCAGAGUAGAAACAUUUACUUCUUUGAAGUGGGCAGGCAAACCUCAUGACCUGUCCCCCCUGAUAUGUGCCAAAUAUGGAUGGACCAAUAUAGAGAGUGACAUGCUGAAGUGCUCCAGCUGCCAGGCCUUCCUUUGUGCAAGUUUGCAGCUGGCAUUUGACUUAAACAAGUACAAGGAGAGGUGUGCGGAGCUGAAGAAAGCUUUGUGUACGGCCCAUGAGAAGUUCUGUUUCUGGCCCGACAGCCCCUGCCCAGAUCGCUUUGCCAUUUUACUGGUUGGUGAGCCCAUAGCCCUUAUCAGUGACUUCCUGGAUCGCUUUCAAAGCCUGUGUCAGCUAGAACUUCAGCUGCCCUCUCUGAAACCGGAGGAUCUGAAAAAUAUGUCCUUGACAGAAGAUAAAAUCAGCCUUCUCUUGCAUCUGAUCGAGGAGGAACUUGAAUGCAAAACCGAAGGGGAGAAAACAUCAAUGAAAUUGGGCUCUGACAUCUUUCAAGUACACGUCCCUGCCUGCAUCCUGGCCCUCUGUGGCUGGGCUUACAGCCCUUCGUCAGGGUCCAUGCACCUCCCGGUGAUCACGUGUUCCCGCUGCAUGAGGAAGGUGGGGCUGUGGGGUUUCCAUCAGAUUGAGUCUUCCAUGCUCGAGUUGGACUCUUCCUUUGGACUCGGCAGCACUCCCACCACGCCCACAGAGGCGCGCACGGACCGAGCCCCACUGGUGCCCACGUCUCCCCGCAGGAUGAUCACGAGGAGCCAGGAUACGACGUUUCCUCCGGGCUCAGAGCAGCACGAGAAGAGCCCGUCCCCCGUGACAGCCCGUAUGCGGAGCUGGGAUAGCUCGAGCCCCGUGGACCGGGCCGAGCCAGAGGCAUCAAGCCCGUCAACAAGGAGCCGCCCGGUAACCCGCAGCAUGGGGCAGGGGGACAGCGUGGAGGUGCCAUCCAGCCCCCAUAGGAGAGCCAAGCGGGCACGCCUCUGCUCUUCCAGUAGUUCGGACACUCCCACUAGAAGCUUCUUUGAUCCCAGCUCUCAGCACCGCGACUGGUGCCCUUGGGUCAACCCAGUCCAGGAGAAGGCUAUCUCAGGGGACAUCAGUGACCAAUUGGAGCUGACGUCUGUGAAGGCGGAGCCUGGCUGGCGGGUGGUGCUGAAUGUUCUCCUGGCGGCCAGGAGAUCAAACAGAGCAGCUGACGCAGAGCUUGUGAGCCUCUCGGUAAAAUCCUGCAAGGUGUUCCGGAUAUUCCGGCAGUGGGAAGCCGCGUGCUCCUCCUGAAGACGCUUGGCCCUGGCCAGGGAAUGCCUGCCAGACGGGCAGCAUGGGACAUUGGGUUGGGUUAGAGAGAGAGCUGCUUGGCAGUUGCUUGCCAGGCAGCUCCUGGAGAUGCUCCUCCAGGCCCGGCGAGCAGCAGGAGCCCUUUCCUUGGGGAUGCAGGUAAUUUGGGGGUGGCCAAAGCACAGUGUGAAGACCACGCUCGGCCCUGGCUGUAAACCGCAGCCGACAGCAGUUUGAUUUGAAAUCCCGGGUGAGCAUACGGGCGCGUUUGCCGAAGCCUACACCCUUCUUGCAAGCUGCCACGUCAGCUCUUGGAGCCACCGGCUUUGGAUAGCCCCCCACCGGGUCUGCAUUUCCCCCACCUCCAACCAGAGUGGGCUCCAUGCGGGGAGGAUCUUUUCUGCCAAGGAACUACGUCCAUUUCAUUGGUGAGUGCAACAGGGGGCCGAGGCCUGUCCCUCACUGCACACCAUACAGGGGCCUAUGCGCCAGGGCCCUGCUGGCUUGGGGAUGUGAUGACAGGUAGUAAUAAAAUCUUUCACUUUUUUUUUUCUUUUCCCCUUCA